AUGAUGUUCAACGUCAACGACUUUUUCAUGGGGCAAUGGGAUCACUUCGCCCGAACUCAUUACGUCGUCGAAGCCAUCGGUCUAGCUGCACAGCGGACACUGAGCGCAGAGCACCCUUUGUCGGGCCUCUUGAACAGAUUCUUGCAUGCAACAUUCGGUUUCCGCCCAAUCGGUGUUGCCACCCUCACCAGUCCCGGUCUUGCGGUCGAUCUAUACUUUGGUUUAUCUGGAGAGGCUGCAGCAGAAUUUUCCAACACGACUUACUUUAAUGGCUACGCAGGUGCUGUACAGGCGAACUAUUUCUACAACAACCUUCGAAGCCGAGGUCUGAUUGACAGCUCCGAUGGUCCAGAGCUGAAGCACUUCCCAUUCUAUGAAGAUGCAAUGCCGAUCUACGACGCCAUCCGAGCCUUCACGGGCGUCUACUGCGAGUCCUACUACGACUCUCCUGACGCCAUCGCCAACGACGUCGAGCUACAGGCAUGGAUGGUCGAGGCUGUCGCAGCACAAGUUAUCGACUUUCCGACUGCAGAGACCCUUCGCACAGUGUCUGACCUCGCUGACUUGAUGGCGCACAUUGCCCAAACCGUCACCAUCGCACACCAUUCCGUCAAUCUCAACACACUCCUCACUGGUUCAGGUGUCCUGCCCUUCCACCCGAUCGCACUCUUCAAACAGGUCCCCGAGGCAAAAGGCGUGAAAGAUCUAACCUCCUAUCUCCCAAAUGUCGAACAAGCGCUCGACGUCAUCAACUUCCACGCCAAAUUCGCGAGGCCGAAGCUCGUAGGGACGAAUCGAACCUUGGUACACCUGUUUGACAGCGAGGAGUUGCUGGAGAGGAGUCAUCCGGUGGUACGGGAGGCAAAUCAAGCCUACAUGUCAGCUAUGCGUGCGCGUAGCCAAGUCGUUGGUGAGAGGAAGUUUGGACCAGAUGGACUGWGUCAAGGUAUGCCAUUCGUGUGGAGGGCUUUGGAUCCUGAUGUUAUGCCUUGGAAUGUGGCGAUCUAG